GAAUUUUCUGCUUGCGUUCUGCUAACACCUGGAUUUUCAUAAUACGCAUGAAGCAGGGAGUAGAAGCUACCAGCAGGUAAGAGAGAUAGAUGCGGGAAACGGUUUGGAUUUGUUCAAAUGCUAGGGGUGCAGGAUGUUAAGCAACUAGAAGAGAGACUAAAUAGGAUAUGGAUCGGAUCCUAUAAGCUGAAGGCAAGAGUGGCAUCUGACAGGGGGUAGAGAGGGAUAGGAAAUCAGAUGAAUGCUGGGAAGAAGGCUGUGACUAACAAGGCUGUUAUGGGAUCUUCAAGGAAAGUUAGUGCUCUGGUUCCAAAUAAACAAGCAGAAAAGAAGGUGAAAUCUACAGCUAUGGAUAGGAUAUCUAUUAAUCAAAGGAAGUCUGUGAAUCUUAAGGGGGAAAGCCCUGGUGACAAGGAGGGAGUUGUGAACACGGGAAACAAUAGGGAGGAAAUUAUAGAAUUUUAUCCAUUGAAAGAGGAGAAUCAGUGGUUGCAGGGGAGCAUGAUAGUAGUGUUAAAAGUGAAGGAGAUAUUGUAUCAGAUAGGAGUGACGGAGGAAGAGUGGAGGGCCGAUCCGGAUUGGUGGCUGUCAGAGGAUGAUCGGAGGGAAGAGACAAAAACGGAAUCCGAUAUUUCCUCGUCGGAACAGGGUGAAGAGGAUCACGAAUUUAAUUAUUCCAUGAUUCGAGGUGAUGAUGAAGAUGAGAUUGAUGGGGAACGACUACAGGCAGAGGGAAAUUCGAAUUCAAAAAAAGCUGUAAUAACAGAGGGUAUGGGGUCUGUGAGAGAUGAGAACAAGGAGUUGGAUGGGCUUAAUAAUCAAAAGGGCCUAAUAAGGGAUUCGAAAGAUGGGCCAGAAGAUGAGUUUGGGCUGAAUGUGAGUAUUUCUCAAGUGCAGGAAAUAGGGGACAUGGGGAAUGGGCCGAAGAACAAAAUCGGCAAAUUAGGUGCAAUGCAGGGGACAUUUGAGGGAGAAUUAAAUAAUGAUGUCAAUUUGGGAACUAGGGAUUCGAGAGAGAAAAAAAAGAAAGAACUAAAAGCUUGCCACCCACAAGAGAAGCUCGCAAGAAGUGAAGAUCAAUGGGCUGGGAGUUCUUUGUUCGACGGGUGCAUAGCUCACAGAAACAAGGUGAUUCACAGGGAGAUGAACAUACAGGAGGAAUCGAUAGGAGCAUCUGGAGGUUUGUUGUGUGUCUGGAAUGGUUUGGAAUUUGUGAAACAAGGGAAGUUUUCAGGUGACAGGUUUGUGGGUUUUUCAGGUGAAUGGGGAUCACAGAAGUUGAAGUGUAAUUUGGUGAAUAUUUAUGCUCCAAAUGAUAGACUGAAGAAAGUCAAGCUAUGGGAAGAACUUCGGCAUAUGAUAUUGGAAGAGGAAGGCCGAUGGCUGAUUACUGGAGAUUUUAACGCUAUUAGGUGUGCAAAUGAAUGGAAGGGUAAGACGGGGGAGACAAUGGAAAUGAGGGAUUUUGAUGAUUUUAUUGUGUCAGCUGGUUUGGUGGAUUUAAAGUUGGUCAAUAGAGGUUUCACGUGGUAUAGGCCGGACGGAUCAUCUAUGAGUCGGUUAGACAGGAUCUUGAUGUCGGAUGAGAUGUGCAAUUUGGGAAGGGAAUGGAUGCAGGAAGGAUUGAAGAGGACUGUGUCAGAUCACUAUUCGAUUAUGGAACCAGAUAUGGUUAAGAAAGAGGUGAAUUUUUACUUCCGCAAGAUGUUUCAAGAAGAAUCUUGGGAUCGGCCCAAGCCUUCAAAUAUUGAAUUCAAGAGAAUUUCUGAAGAGCAGACGGAAUGGCUUGAGAGACCCUUUAUUGUUGAGGAGAUUGAAGAAGGAUUGAAGAGCUGUGAUGGAAGUAAAGCCCCGGGGCUUGACGGGGUUUUUUUGUGGGGUGGUGGGGGCGGGGGGAAUGAGGAGAAAAUGAAGAUAUCGUGGGUGAAAUGGGAGGAUAUUUGUGGUAGCAAGGUGAAUGGAGGACUAGGAGUUCCAGAUUUACGCCGUAGAAAUUGGGCUUUGUUAGGAAAAUGGUGGUAUAGGUUAGGGGAUGAAAGGGAGGGGUUAUGGAAACGGGUAGUGAAAGAGAAAUAUUAUGAAGGUGGGCAGGAGGUCAAUAUUACAGAUGUGGAGAAGCUUCGAGUGUCAAAGAUUUGGGGGGACAUUCUUAGUAUAGCCACUAACAAGGAGGGUAUGGUUCAGAAGUAUGGGAUUUGGGAAGGGGAUAGUUGGAGAUGGGAAAUAGGGUGGCGGAGAGAAAGGAUGGGUCGAGAGCAAGAUGAGGAAAAGGAGUUGUGGAAGGUAUUGGGUAAUAUACAGCUUAGGAAAUAUGUAGGUGACUAUUGGCAGUGGAGGUAUGAUGUGGAUGGUAGGUAUGAUGUGGAUGGUAGGUUGGUGCCCUCUAAAGUGAGUAUUUUUGGGUGGAGGUUGGGCUUAGAUAGACUCCCAACAAGAGGGAAUUUACAAAAACGAGGGGUGACCUUACAGGGGGAUAAUAUGAUGUGCGGUUUAUGCAAGAAGGGGGUGGAGGAGGUUGAUCAUCUAUUUUGCAUGUGUAUGGAAGCUUGGUUAGUUUGGGUUAAGAUGAUUAAGUGGUGGGGUAUGGAGGUGGUGAUGCCGGAUAUAGUGAAGGGUGUGGCAGAGAUCUUCAUCUGUGGUUUAGGCAGUUUGGUAGGGGGAGGAGGAUAUUAGGGAGCAAUUGUUGGAGUUGAUUUGAGUUAAGACUCACUUUUGGGUAAGAAAUAAGGUGGCUGGAUGUGCCUUUUCGUUGGUCCAAUGGCAAAGUAACCUCGUGGAGUGUGCAAGGGAGCUGAAGCGAUACAAGAAAUCCUUGAAGAUGUU